AUGGGGUGGGGGAGGGGCCUGGUGCUGCUGUGGGGGCUGCUGGGAACAGUCCCCGCCCUCCUCUGCCCCCGCUGUGACGUCACCGGCUGCCGUGACCCCGCCCCCUGCCCCUCCCCCCACGCCGUGUGCCGCCGCACCACCCUGACCACGCUGAGAGGCGGGCGGCACUUCCGGCGGGAGCUGACCGGAUGUGACGUCACCGGCCCGCCGGAAGUGGUGCUGCACUUCCGGUCCCACGGGGAGCUGGUGACGCUGCGGGAGGAGCGCUGGGGGGAGGGGCCCGGGGGAAGCCCCGCCCCCAGCCCCGCCCCUCCCCCCGCCGGGGAUGAGAGGGGGGCAGCUCUCUGCCCCACCUGCGACUCCUCGGACGGUUCCUGCCUGGGCCCCUCCCCCCUCCUGCCCUGCCCCCACCCCGGCGAUCGCUGCAUCGACGUCACCGCCCGGGGACCCCGAGGAGUGGGGGAGGGGCGGCUCCGCGGCUGCGGCCGGGCCGGGCCCUGCCGGGGCCUCCUGGGCUUCGACUCCGGCGGCCGCGGGGUGGAAAUGAAAUGUUGUGAGAGCGCCCAGUGCGGACUGGAGACCCCUCCCCCCUCCGGCCUGCGCUGCUGGGGCUGUGACGGCCCCUCCCCCACCGGCUGCGCCCCCCGAGCUCUGCCCUGUGGGGGGGGAAGGACCCGAUGUGUGCUGGCCCGGAGCCUGGGUCCCUCGGGGGAGCCGUGGCUGAUCCGGGGCUGCGCCACCCCCGAGUGGUGCGAGACCCCCGUGGGGCUGGGGGGGCUCUGGGGGGGCUCCGGGGGGCAGGAGGGAUCUGUGGGGCAGAGCGAAUCUAUGGGGCAGGAGGAAUCCGGGAGGAUUUAG